UACUGUCAUUGGAAGUGCUCGUUGUAAAGAGUUUCGAACCCAUGAGGGACGCUUAAAAGCCGCUCACAACCUCGUGCAGCGUGGCAUCACUUACCUUUGUGUGAUUGGUGGAGACGGCAGCUUGACCGGAGCCAACCUCUUUAGAGAAGAGUGGAGCGGCCUUUUGAAUGAACUCAUUGAGCAAGGGCUCAUAGAUGAGGAUGCGGCCCGACGCAAUUCUAAGCUUCACAUUGUCGGCAUGGUUGGUUCCAUCGACAACGACUUUUGUGGCACAGACAUGACUAUCGGCACUGACUCAGCACUACACCGAAUCAUCGAGGUGGUGGAUGCUAUCAUGACCACAGCUCAGAGUCACCAGAGGACAUUUGUGCUGGAAGUCAUGGGCAGACACUGCGGAUACCUUGCCUUAGUCAGUGCCCUUGCAUGUGGAGCAGAUUGGGUUUUUAUACCAGAGAUGCCUCCCGAAGAUGGCUGGGAAGACAACAUGUGUCAGAAACUGUCCGAGAGUCGAUCUCGGGGUUCCAGGUUGAACAUUAUCAUAGUUGCCGAAGGAGCCAUUGACAGACAAGGACAACACAUUACCUCUGAUUUAGUGAAGAAUCUGGUAGUGAGCAACCUGGGUUUUGACACCAGGGUCACAAUCUUGGGCCAUGUGCAGAGAGGUGGAACUCCCUCUGCCUUUGACAGGAUCUUGGCCAGCCGUAUGGGCGUGGAGGCAGUGUUGGCAUUACUGGAGGCAUCUACCGACACCCCUGCCUGUGUUGUGUCUCUGGUGGGCAACCAGGCCGUCCGUCUGCCACUUAUGGAGUGUGUUCAGAUGACUCAAGAGGUACAGAAGGCCAUGGAUGAGAAGAAAUUUGACGAGGCAGUAAGACUGCGUGGCAGGAGCUUUGAAAACAACCUGAGCACCUACAGACUGCUUUCCUCUCAGACUGCUCGCUCUGAACUCCCAAAUGGUGAGGAAGAGGAGGCAGGGGAUGAAGAGCAAUAUCAUAGCUCCUUUAACGUGGCGGUGAUGAACGUCGGUGCCCCGGCUGCAGGUAUGAAUGCCGCCGUGCGUUCUGCUGUCAGGGUGGGAAUUACAGAAGGCCACAGAAUGUUUGCUGUCAACGACGGCUUUGAGGGGUUCUACAAGGGACAGAUCAAGGAGAUCAAAUGGGGAGAUGUUGGGGGUUGGACUGGCCAAGGAGGGUCCCUGCUGGGCACAAAAAGGACUCUUCCAGCAAAACAUCUGGAUAAAAUUGCUGAGCAGAUGAGGAUCCAUAACAUCAGUGCUUUACUUGUUAUUGGAGGAUUUGAGGCCUUUGAGUCCCUGCUGGAGCUGUACGAAGCCCGGGCCCACUACCAGGAGUUUUGCAUCCCCAUGUGCAUACUGCCUGCCACCAUUAGUAACAAUGUGCCAGGCACCGACCACAGCCUGGGAGCCGACACGUCGCUCAACGCCAUCGUGGAGACCUGCGACCGCAUCAAGCAGUCUGCCAGUGGCACCAAGCGGCGGGUCUUCAUCAUCGAGACGAUGGGCGGCUACUGCGGCUACCUGGCCACCGUGGGCGGUCUGGCGGCGGGGGCCGACACGGUCUACAUCUACGAGGAGCCGUUCGACAUCCGUGACCUGCAGGCCAACGUCGAGCAUCUGACGCAGAAAAUGAAGACGAGCAUCCAGAGAGGCCUGGUGCUGCGUAACGAGAACAGCAACGAAAACUUCACCACCGACUUCAUCUACCAGCUGUACUCCGAGGAAGGGCGAGGCGUGUUCGACUGCAGGAAGAACAUCCUGGGUCACAUGCAGCAGGGCGGCGCUCCGUCUCCGUUCGACAGAAACUUCGGCACCAAGGUUGCAGCGAAGGCCAUACAGUGGAUCUCACGGACGCUGAAGGAGUCCUAUAAAGAAGGGAGAGUCUUCACCAACUCGGAGGACACCGCCUGCCUUUUGGGGAUGCGUCGCAGAGCCAUGGUCUUUCAACCUGUGGUGCAGCUCAGGGAGGAGACCGACUUUGUCCACCGGAUCCCGAAGGAGCAGUGGUGGCUCAAGCUGCGUCCUCUGAUGAAGAUCCUGGCCAAGUACAAGACGAGCUACGACGUGUCCGACGCCGGCCAGCUGGAACACGUGACCCGGGUUCGGCCCAAAGAGAGCGACGCCUCGGCCGGAAACUGAACCGCCGGCGGAAAGGCAAAGCUUUACUCCCACAGGAACCCGGCUUCACAUUUCAGGGGCAGCUGCUCACACGCUGAUUGAUUGGCAGCAGGUAGAUUAGGAGAGAUUGUUGAGGAUAGCAGCAAAAUUCAGAAAGGGAUUCAUGGUAUGGCACUUUUCAGCGGGGGGUGGGGGGGAUUCUAUUUUUUAGAUUAAAUUCACGAGGGUGGUUUAGGAAGAGCUCUAUUUAUUUUAAGCAAUCUAACAUCUAACGUUGUGUUUAGAUCUCCAAAGUUGUUGAAUAUACAUAUAAUAUAUGCACUUCUCACGAUGUACUGUAUUUAGGAUUUAGUGCCCAAAACGUAGCCUGCUGAGGAUGGAAAAUGUGUGAUUAAUUUAGGCUUUUGUCACAUUUCACCUGCACUUUGGACCGCAUAGUUAUUGUCAGACGCCCUAAGGCUGCUUUAAAAAAAAAAAAAAAAAAAACGGAAAUCAACGUCGGGGAGGAAUCAUGCGCACCCAGGAAUGUCGACUGCAGAACGCUGUAACCCCGGUGGCUUCAGAGUGUACGUGUGUCGUGUUGUUGCCUUAGCCGCUUGUGUCCGUCCUGGGCUUUUUGUGAGUGUGUGUGUGUGUGUGCGCCUUUAUAGUGAAUAUUUAUGUGAAGGCUCCUGAUGUAGCUACGGUGUUUCAGCACACUGAUAGUGUUAGACUGAUGUCCUGUUGCAGAGUAAAUAAACCAUCUGUGGUGUGUCAAA